AUGAAGGCCUUAUUUUGGAGAGUAGCUGAAAACUUCACCUUGCCUGAAUACAAUGCCAAUAUUGAGAGGGUAAAGAACUAUGAUAUGCGACUGUAUGAAGCAAUGAUGGAGAAGAAUCCGCAGAACUGUAGUCUCGCCUUUUUCUCACCAGCAUCUUCUUAUGUAGACGUGCAUAACAACAUCUCCGAGUCAUUCAACAAUGCCAUUUAUCCAGCAAGGUAUAUGCCAAUGGUGGAGAUGUUAGAGACAAUAAGGAGAAGAACUAUGGUUUGGAUAGACCAGAGGAUGAAGGAAGCACUGAGCCAUCAAGGAAGAUUCACGGUUAGGGCAGUAGAGUGGAUAGAGGAAGAGCAGAAGAAACUCAAGUAUUGUGUGAUGGUUCCCGGAGCAAAUUCGAGAGAUGAGGUGCGUGAGUCUGGUUUAAGUUACAGUGUCAACAUGAGACUGAGGACAUGUGCGUGUAGGAGAUGGGACAUGAGUGGCAUUCCUUGCCGUCAUGCCCUUCGUAUCAUUGCUGAGAGGAAACUGAAUCAGGAGGAUUACAUCUCUCAUUGGUAUCUGAAUUUCCGUCAGCAGCAAAUUUACUCUUACUCAAUCAACUCUGUCAACGGUAUGUUAUUUUGGAAAAAAUCAGGAUCUAAAGUGCUGCCACCACCAAGUUUAGUUGAAGAAAUUGAGAACAGAGUUGGAAGAAAGCCAAAGCCGAAGAGGAAGAAGGCAAGACAUGAGUCUCCAUCGAAAAAGAAAGCAUCCAGAGAUAAAAGGGUUGGUGGUCGUUGUGGUGAAGCUGGUCACAAUGCAACAAAAUGUCAGAAUAUGGUAGCGGAUGGAGGCAAAAAUAGAAGAUCAAAUGCAAGAAAGAAGAGGCAAGUGGAAGAUGGAAAUGAGGCCACCGAGACAGAACAAGAUGGAUAUGAGUCAAUGACUCUAUCAUUUGGAGAUGGACCGAUUCCAACUCAGCCAACUCAAGAAUAG